ACGAAACAGGUUUUGAGCCUUUUGGCUUUCCGUACUGCGAUUUGGCUGAAAGCAAUUGUUUGAUUCAUACAAAUUUAUUCUCAUUAUCUGAACAAAGUGUGCUGUCAUAGUCACAUCUGCCGACGCAGCGCACCGUUUUGAACAAGAUGGAGGACGAUAAUCGACUUAAAAAGAGGUCUCAUGGAGAAGAUCAAGGCUCUGGGGCUGAGGAGUCAGAGGAUGAAGAUUAUGUUCCUUACGUUCCUGUCAAAAUCCGAAAGCAACAGAUGGUUCAGAAGAUGCUGCGAUUGCGUGGUAAAGCAGUGGAUGAAGAGCAUCGAGACAGUGGGGAGGAACAGAGGGAUGAAGACGAAGGGCUCGGCCCACGUUCCAACGUCAGUCUCCUUGACCAGCACCAACAUCUCAAGGAAAAAGCAGAAGCACGCAAAGAGUCAGCCAAGGAGAAGCAACUGAAAGAGGAAGAGAAGAUUUUAGAAAGUGUUGCAGAAGGCAGAGCACUGAUGUCCGUGAAGGAAAUGGCCAAGGGUAUCAUUUAUGAUGAUCCAAUCAAAACAAGCUGGAAGGCUCCACGGUAUGUCCUCCAUAUGCCGGAGACCAGAAAUGAACGUGUGAGGAAGAAGUUUCACAUCCUGGUUGAUGGAGACGGCAUCCCUCCCCCAAUCAAAAGCUUCAGGGAGAUGAAGCUUCCGUCAGCAAUUCUAAAAGGUUUGAAGAAGAAAGGAAUUGUACAUCCAACGCCAAUUCAAAUUCAAGGAAUCCCAACAGUUCUAUCAGGUCGCGAUAUGAUCGGCAUCGCCUUUACUGGAUCGGGAAAAACCUUGGUCUUCACUUUGCCCAUCAUCAUGUUCGCCCUGGAGCAGGAGAAGCGUCUGCCCUUUUUUAAAAGAGAGGGACCAUAUGGACUCAUUAUCUGUCCUUCAAGAGAGCUGGCCCGACAGACACACGGCAUCAUUGAAUAUUACAGCAAAUUGCUGGAGGAGGAGGGAGCCCCUCAGAUGCGGACAGCCCUCUGCAUUGGAGGGAUGUCCGUCAAGGAGCAAAUGGAAGUUGUGAAACAUGGUGUGCACAUGAUGGUCGCCACUCCCGGGCGUCUCAUGGACUUGUUACAGAAGAAGAUGGUGAGUCUGGACAUAUGUCGCUACCUGGCCUUGGAUGAGGCAGAUAGGAUGAUUGACAUGGGCUUUGAGGAGGACAUCAGGACUAUUUUUUCUUAUUUUAAGGGACAAAGGCAAACCCUGCUUUUCAGCGCCACCAUGCCCAAGAAAAUCCAGAAUUUUGCCAAAAGCGCCUUGGUCAAACCCAUCACAAUUAACGUAGGCAGAGCGGGUGCUGCCAGCUUGGAUGUCAUCCAGGAAGUGGAAUACGUAAAAGAGGAGGCUAAGACGGUGUAUCUGCUCGAGUGUCUCCAGAAAACAACACCUCCCGUGUUGAUAUUUGCUGAGAAAAAGGCUGACGUUGAUGCCAUCCAUGAGUAUUUGCUGCUGAAAGGUGUGGAAGCUGUGGCCAUUCAUGGAGGAAAAGAUCAGGAGGAAAGAACAAAAGCCAUAGAAGCAUUUAAGGAAGGAAAGAAGGAUGUCCUCGUCGCCACAGAUGUGGCCUCCAAGGGUCUCGAUUUCCCGGCGAUCCAGCACGUUGUCAACUACGACAUGCCCGAGGAGAUUGAAAACUAUGUCCAUAGAAUUGGAAGAACAGGGCGAUCUGGUCAGACUGGUAUUGCCACAACAUUCAUCAAUAAAGGCUGUGAUGAGUCUGUGUUGAUGGAUCUGAAGGCCCUGCUCAUUGAAGCCAAGCAAAAAGUUCCACCGGUUCUCCAGGUGCUCCAGUCAGGAGACGAAACCAUGCUCGAUAUCGGAGGGGAGAGGGGCUGUACAUUUUGUGGUGGUCUUGGUCAUCGUAUUACAGACUGUCCCAAGUUGGAGGCAAUGCAGACCAAGCAGGUUACCAACAUCGGGAGGAAGGACUAUCUGGCGCACAGCUCAAUGGACUUCUAAGUGUCUUUGGAAAUCGGAACAUGCUCCGUUGCUUGCUGAGGAACGAUUACCCCUUCACUCAUUCAAACCAGGAGGUUGAGCUGUGUAGACCAAUUAUGAACCUCACCAGAACACUGAUGAGGUUUGUAUUGUAAUAUCUUGAUACAAAUUGUAAAUAAAUGUCACUGUUUUUGAGAAAAGAA